AGACGACAGCCAUGCCAAACAGGUGUCUCCGGGGUUAAAGGUCAGCUCAGCCCGAUUAACUUCCAGGCACCAAAAGCACCUCGUUAGGGCUCAAACUCGCUGUUUCACGGUCGCCUGAGAAAUAACGAGCCAGAGGCGAGCGGUGACCUCGGGGUCAGGGCGCCGGGGUUUACAGCCGCUCUGUCAGCACACCUGAAGCCAGACUUUGGUCCUCAAUGCAGAAUAAAAAUGUUUAGGAAUUACAUCAGUGACCAUCAUUCUCCGGAGGAGGCGCUGCAACGUGAAAUCACAACGAGCUUCAUGAAACUGAAAAUUCUUCUUCUGUUUGUUUUUAGGAUGUCUCAGCUUCCUGUUUUUCCCCGCACGUGCGUCCCGCUGCUUUGCAUUCUGGGUAUGAUCUUGCUGACGUCUGGCUUCCCUCAGCCUCGCCUUCCUCUCAGAAGUUUGGAAGAUUCGGAGGAACACAAACGAGUCGACUGGAACGUCCUCUACCCUUCCAUCUCUCUCCGUGAUUGGAGCAUCCAAAUGAUGUCAGCGCCCGGCCUUAGAGCAGCAGCCAACAGCAAAGCAGGACUGAUGAGGGAGGCGUGGCUAUUUGCUCCAGAGGGGGCGGAGACAAGUGUGGAGGGGGCGUGGCCUGCAGAAUGGUCGUCUCCGGGAGCCGGGAUGGCGAAGAGGAACCUGGUGGUGGCUGACGACGCGGCUUUCAGGGAGAAGAGCAAGCUGCUCACCUCCAUGGAGAGGCAGAAGUGGCUCAAUUCGUACAUGCAGAAACUGCUGGUGGUGAAUUCGUGA